AUGAGUUUUGGAACGUUGUACACAUUUCCUGUAGGACCCAAUGAGAGUGUUUACACUAGGUUACCGAUUGCUAAUAUCCAAAUUUCCUCUCAGGGCGACCAGUGCCGAACAAUAGCCAUCAAGGCUGUGGCUAAGGAUAAUGGUCUCGAUCUUGACAUUCGCGAGAUGCCCAGGACUCCCGAUCAUUUGAGUAUUAGCAAGCUUGGCAAAGUCCCUGCAUUUCAAGGCGCGGAUGGCUUCAAGCUAUUUGAAUGCAUGGCAAUUGCCCUGUACAUCACGUCUCAAAAUGAAGAGACAACACUUCUCGGAGAGAACAAGAAGGAAUACGCCGAGAUCAUCAAAUGGAUGUCUUUCUUCAAUACCGAGAUAGUCAUACUUAUGACUCAAAUGUUGCUGCCCCAGAUUGGUAUCAUUCCCUAUGAUAAAGAGCAGGUCGAGCUUUUCACCAACAUGACCCAGAGAUCUGUUGAUGUUGUGGAAGAGUAUUUGCAAGACCGUACUUUCCUGGUUGGCGAGAAGGUAUCCCUUGCAGAUCUGUUCUGUGCCGGGAACAUAUCCCUUGGCUUUCAAUUCUUUUAUGGCAAAACUUGGAGGGAGAAAAAUCCUAAUGUAUCUCGCUGGUAUGAGAUGGUUUGUCAUUUGCCCAUUUAUGCGGCCGUUACCGAGAAGUUCCAGCUUCUAGACGAGCCGAAGCUGACCAACAAUCCUCCUGGAGGAGAAGCCUGA